GUCGUGGAUUAGAUACGCAAAUCCCAGAUGAAUUGAUAAAACGGUUAUUUUGGUGUGCGAUACGGUUUCAGGCUUUCAGUUGUGCUCUGAACGCCGGACGCGUAUCACUAUCUACGGGAUUUUCAUGAAAAUCGCCCGACUUAACAGACGUCAAGACGUUUUGUGAACUUAUAUGGUGGUGGUGUAUAUUUGCUUCGAUUAUACGAAAGUUUUUCCUUCUCUUCUACAACAUAACGUUGUUAUUACAAAGUUGAAAUUAAUGUUUUUCUUCAAAAAAACUUAUUUUGGACGCAGAUUUGCACACAGAAAAUAUAAUUCCGUUCAAUGUUAGGAACUUGUUUAAUUUGGCUUAGAAGGCAAAAUAUCGGAGAUGAAAGAUAUUGUACAAGUUGUGCUGAUCUUUAGCUUAACGAGUGUGGUGAUGCCAGGAUUACAAGUGCGAAAAAGCAACCAAACCAAGGCUAUGAUGCGAGAAUCCUGUUUUCUUUCUGACUAUUCAUUAAAGGCUAAAUGUGUACAAAUUCAUCAAAAUCUACGAUGCAAAGGGGGCUUUAAUGACCAAUGGAUUAACGGGAUCAAGUACGAAAUAACUCACUUAACAGUAACUGAAUGGCCUGGAGAGUGCUUUAAUGUUGGACACCUUCAUCUUCAUUUCCCAGAGCUGAGGUCACUUGAAAUUGUAAACUGCACACUCUUACGAACAUUCAAGGGCUAUUUUCGCAGUGAUAGUAAAAUAGAGAAAAUAACGAUGCACGGUUUGUCAUCUCUUUGGGAGAUACCUCCGGAAACGGUGAACCACAUGGUAAAUUUGCGAGAGAUGGACCUUAGGAGUAACAUGUUAAGACACAUGAAAGCACAACUAUUGAUUGGAUCACCGGUUCUAGAGCGAGUUCGGUUAAGUGGAAACAAGUGGGAUUGCAGUGACGGUGGCUUGGACUGGCUCGCAAUGGAGGAGCCAAAUGGUACUACUAAGAGCCGUAUCACGGACUAUUACGAUCUUGUGUGUUACCAAAAACUGUAUCGGGGGAAACCGUUGCACAAAGUCAUGGAUAUUAUUAAGACGAUGCGGGAGACCUGUCCAGAUCCAUGCACGUGCAUCAUGACGCACGUGGUGUCUGACCCUCGCGGAGCUAUCAUACCGUUAAUUACAGUGGACUGUUCCGAUAAGCAGCUCACCGCAGCACCUGCGUCACUCCCGCCCAGUGUUACAACACUCCGCCUUGAGGGCAACAAGAUUGAUACAAUCAGAUCUAUUGUUCAGAAUUCACAUUACAAGAGAUUGGCCGAUCUAUAUUUAGACAAUAAUAGCAUAGCGGCAGUGAAAGAAUUGGAAGGGUCUGAGUGGUUCAGCACGUUUCGGGUGUUGAGUCUUCGAGGAAAUUAUCUUAAGCAGAUACCGGUGUAUGCAUUCGACAAAGCGUUUCAAGCGAACAACAAUAUAAUGCACGUGUUCUUGGGUCAGAAUCCGUGGCGUUGUGACUGUCAUUUCAUACCCCGUUUUCAGGGACUCUUAUUGAAGUACAAGAGGGUCAUCAGGGAUCUAACCGAUAUACGCUGCUCUAAGUCAAGCGAUAAGAAAACAUCGCUCGUACAAAUCAGCACAAUGCCACUCGGUAAUGUUUGCAGCAAUGAAACAGAGCUGGCAAUUAGUCCGAUUAACAUUGUAAACAUAGUUUUAUUCGCAUUAAUAAUGUUUAUUCUAGGUAAAUUUCUAUACGAUUGGCGUAAUUUCAAAAAUACUGGCAAAUUGCCGUGGCUAUCCUCAGUGUUACCAUGAUAAAUUUUUUUUCCUUCCUUAUUUACGUUCCAUAAAACAAUUGAAAGUUUAAUGACUACUUUGUACAAUGUAAAGUUAGUAAAUAAUAGGAAACGUAAUUCAAUUUAAUCAAAUUAUUUAAUGUUUUUGUUAGCGGGCUAACCAAAAGUCAACGAAUGAUUAGCAAGCAACUUAAUAAUUUUGGAGGCAAUCUGUAAACUGUUGGAAAUACUUUGCGGCAAAUAUGAUGAAGCCCUUAAACGGGUUUUGAUCGUGAAUGUUCAUGUAAAUUAAUCAGAAGUUACGAGAUUUCCAGUGAUAUGUGAUAUAUGUACAUACAUAGAUUGAUUUUGACAAUCAUUUAUAGGUAUAUCUAAUGCUUAGAAUGGGAAAAUGACUAUGUAUUAAGCGUGAUGUUAAUAAAAUUUACUACGACUUC